AUGUUCGCAACCCUCUAUUUUUUCUUACCAUUUAGUGCAGCUGGAGCUUUUAUCGCAAAUGUGAUUUAUUUGAUUGUGGUUACUGUAGGAAUCCGGAAAGGUAAAUUACCUUUAAAACGAUAUGCAUUGACUAUAAACCGAACAUGCGCCGAUAUUUUCACAAUUCUGGUCGGCGCCUAUUUUUAUAUGAAACAAAAAAUGGAGAGAUGCGAUUCCCAUAUUUGCCUCCCAGUGGAAUCUGGUGUCUCGCGAUAUGUACUUCAAGUUGUAUUUGUUUUAAAUUACUGGUGUGUCAGUUUGUCAUAUUCUGGAAUUGCUGUUCUUACCAACUACGCUGUGAAUCUAACUUCCAUGAAAGUGGCGAAAUAUAUAGUGAUGGGGUGGAUGGCUCUUCUCUUUUGUUUUUUCCUAUGUGUCCUAUUGGUUCAUCAAGGAGAGUUGGAUUAUAACAGUAAUUCCGUUAUCCAUUUGUUUCUCGAUGACUUUGAUUCUGAUGAGUACAUCGGAGAAUGGAUCGUUGAUCUGUGCCAGCAUAUCAAUACACAUCCAGGAACACGGAGUCUUAUAGUUACAAUUUUGCCACCGAUACUCUUUUAUUUGAUAUCCGUUGUCAGCUAUGUAUUCAUUAUUCACCUCCUAUUCUCCAGGAGAAAAGUUUCCUCAUACCACCGACAUUGGGGAUCGAUGCUUCGCCUUGGUAUUCAUUUAAUUCUAUUUGCUGGAACAUGUGCACUAACUGGAACAGCUUAUCUCGGAUCGUUUUCUAUUGGAAACUUUUGUGAGCAGCAUCAAAAGAACGAACCAAUGUGUCUAGAAGCAGUCGUAUCAUACAUGUGGAACACAGCAGCCGCUCUCAUCGGAUGGAUAUGCCGAAUGGUCAUCGACGCAACAGUUGAUACGGUAGACAUUGCGUGCUUCUUCAUUAUUCAUUCGAAGAUAUCCUGUCAUAAAACAUCAACUGGUCCGUCUAGGAAAUCUGAAAGCGUCCAAAUGGAAUCUCUCAUCAAAAAACCGCCAUCCAGAACUCGGAGACUUAAAAUUACAGCACAAAAAAAAGCAACGAUUCUGGAAGAGAGUAUCGCUUGA